AUGUCCGACUUCAACAUCAUUCCCAACGAGGUCCAGCCUAUGGGCCCCAUGUGGCAGCGUCUACCCAUGGACAUCACCAUGGAGAUCAUGGCCUACACCAUCAUGGUCAUACCCGUGUACAACAAGCCUGGUCGGAUCAUGAACAAGAAGUGGUUUGACAUCCUCACCGGCCUUGGCGCAUUCAAGAAGUUUCGCCUCUGGUGCUUGCCCCAGCCCAUGGUCAUGAUGAAGCCCUUCUACCAGGGUCACACCUUCGUCUUUGACAACGGCAACGACUUGGGAUGGGCUGCCGACGUCUCAGUGGCACCCUUCUUGCCUCCUCACGCCUUCCGCCACCUCCUCCGCCGCAUACAAGUCAGCAUCACCCUACACGACUUCAUGUACAUCGCUCAGCCUGGUAGCGACAGGUUCAUGCUUCACCCCUUUGGCUCCGUUAAUGAACUCAUGCAGCAUUGCCCGGGUGCGCGUUCGCUGCGUAACCUCACCAAUGCGACCACUGGCUUCUCCAACCUCGACGUUCUUGACCUGGAAAUCAUCCCGGACUUUCGCUCCGGCAACCACAUGGCUACAUUAGCCAUCAUGACAGCUGCGGCUUUUGCGGUUAGCGCCCGCAAGGUCACCAUCACUGUGCAGCAGUCGCCCUUGGGAUAUUUGUCGACCUUCAAGACCCACAUAUGGGUCCCUGAGCUCAAGAGCGUCAUCGCAGUGACCUUGGUGGAGUAG